CGAGGCUGGGGUGCAGGCGACGGCAGGGCGGCGGUGGUGCAGUAGUCGGUCGGGCAGCUCGCACAAGGGUGUGACGCACGGACAGCAACUCUCUUUCGACUCUCCAUGCACUAGCCGCCCCGUUGGAACAAAAUCUGCAACUAUGAGGCGGAUGUUACAACUCGUGCUGGUCCUGUCCGUGGCUUCCUGCCUGAUCUCUGCACAAAACCCAGAGGCGGCUAAUCGCAUUUCAUCAUGGAUCGGAGGUGCUGAGCACGAGGGCGCUCGCCGAGCCCUGAAGUGGUUGGAAGAGGCGCAGGACUUGGGCGACGGUGGUGGCGGAUGGGGCAGUGACGCGCCCAGGGCUCUGCUCGCCCUUCAACUGUCCAACUGCUCAUGGAUCCCAAACGCAGGGAUGAAGGCUGAGUUGGCUGCCACCAAACUGGAGUUGCAGAUCGCCUUGCUUCUUUGGAGACACCACGAACCGCCCAUAAGCUCAGGCCGACUGGCGCAGUACACUCUGGCCCUGGGAGCCAUCUGCAAGGACCCAAGGGACUUCCACGGACACGACCUAAUCAGUUUGUUGCUGAGGCACGAGCCAGAAUCUGAUUUCGAGUUUGCGUUCGUGACGUUGGCAGUUUGCAACUCGGGCAGUCACGCCAGAAAGAGACACAUCAGGAGACUUUUGGACGUCGCUGGCGACACAGAUAAGCAUUCUGCAGACACUUUGGCAAUGGUGGUUUUGGCUCUGCGUUGUGUGGCCCAAGAGCACAGGCACCGUGACAUUCUGCGUUUCGUUGCGCCCCCAGCACUUGCCCUGGCAGCCCUCCAGCAACCGGACGGCAGCUUCGGAAACCUGCACACGACUGCCCUCGCCAUGCAGGCUCUUGAAGGCGCAGGAUCCAUUGCCUGGGACCGAGGAGCGGCGAUGAAUUUGGUUCUGUCCAGCCAGGCGCCCGACGGCUCUUUCGGAGACACCUUCACCACCACUGAGGUGGUCCUGGCUCUGCUGUCUAGAGGGUUGGCUCAAGCUUCGCAGUGCAAGUGUAACAAGCCGAGACUGCCACCUUCUGACACUGAGCUUGAAACUCUCACCCAUGAGACGGAAGUGAGUCUCCUGAAUAUUGCCAAAGGACCUAUCAUUGAAAACUUCACCUACAACAAUGAUGUACCUUUGGUGUCUCUGACCUACACAAUUUGGGCCCAGAGAGGCACUGACCCUGCCGGUGACAUGAACGCAGAGGUCGAACUCAGGGUGCCCAACAACUCCACUUUCUUCCAUGCGAUGCAGCUGGCUGCUCACUCGGAUCCUCGAUUUACUUUUGAAUCUUCGGUGUGGCCGAAUGGACACUACAUCCACACCCUGGGCGGACUGGAGGAGGAUCCGACUGAAUACAGGUACUGGCUUCUGUACCUGGUUUCUGAGAAGCCAGACCCUUCUCACCCUCCCUCGAAGGACAAGUUGACACCUAAGGGCGUUGACGAGAUGUUCGUUAAGGAAGGGGACCACUUUUUAUUCUGGUACAAGAAACUCUAAGCAAGCGGACCGGCCUACACUCAAGCCAGCGUCGGCGCGAGACCUGUUUGAAAUGUUGCUGAAAAUCAAAUGAGUGUGCAGAGAUUUACGAUUGAGAAUCACAAGUAUAGUGCGCGUCCAUCCACUCGGCCAACGCAAAUCUCGGCAGAACAAAAUGGACUUGCGUCGAUAUCGUUUUCAUAUAUGAUAAGUUAUAGUUUUUAACCGCGCCAAUCAGUUUAUCUUUUGACGACAUCCAAGACAAAGGAGAGCUUCUAAAUUGCAAACGCACACGGUUGAGUUUUUGAUAUACUUCAGCGUGUUAAGGGUUUUGUGCUUGACGAAGAACACCACUUUUGAACACAAAGCAAUCAAAAAAGAAGCUGCAUAUUUUGACAAAUUUUUGUUGUUUUUGUGGCGUAAAAAGUUGGAAGGAGAGAAAAUUAUAAGCAGCUUGUACAUAAACAUGUGUUAGUGAACGGGAAAUUAUAAAUUGUACAUGUAGAGUUGUUUGUGACAAUAAGAGAACGAUUCCUUCUUUCCACUCUUUCACAAUUAUUUUUUCGAGCAAAGAAAGCUAGCCUGGGAGAUUAUUUCACAACACAACAUAGCUCGCAAAUUUGACUCAAAAAUAGUACUGAUGCAGCAUCGAAGAAGGCCAAAUUAUUAAUGAAUCAAGUCGCUUUCGCAAAAUUUUCAAUUUAAAAGAAAGGCUUUGCUAUUUAAUAAAAAAAAAAUAACUGCUUCCUAUCUAUAAAAAUUAAAUAAGGCGAAAUUUAAAGAAAAAAAACUGCUUGCGCCCUGUUAUUGGAUUUUUGUUCAAAAGUCUGAUGCACCGCGCGCAAAGACCAAAAAAUUUAUUUCGCAAAACAAGAGUAGCACACGCUUUAGUUUGGAAUUGUUCUAAAGUAAAUCUACUGGAUGUCUAAAUCUUAAUGUGGACGAAACGAAUAGCAGAACAAUAUAUAUUUUGAGAGAGAAAUUAGAUAUUUAAUUGGCAAACAUACGUAAAUACCUGCGGAGAAAAUUACAGAAAGAGGGGAGGUGUUUUAUGAUAAAGGAAAUCGCUGUUUAGACCAAAUAUGAUCAUGUAGCCCUUAAAACACAAGUAACUAAACCGUACGAAAAUACCCUAUAGCUCAUUAAUGAAAACAGACGUGUACUUCUUGUUGAUAUAGGCUUAUUCGCAGUGCGUGUCUAUUUGGGUUUCUCGAAGAAUUGAAUUAGAAAGGUGAGAUAAUUAAGAAAAUAAAAUGCUGUGCUGCAUCGCCUGUUCAUACCAAAUGAAGGUCUAGUCGAUUCCGAUUCAUUAAAAUGUUAUUAUUUUACACUGAUCAAGAAGUUGCUGUUGGUUGAUUGAUUGAUUUUAAGACUGUACAUAAUAAAUUACCAACGUGUUUUUUGUAACAAUGGUUGAAAGAAUCGAGCGCAUCUCUGGAAAAAAAAACAGAUUUGUAAAAGGUGAGGCAAUGAUAUACAUUAUAUUUUAUUAUGAUUGAAACAAUUAAUUUUGGUAAACUUCCAAGGGUAAUAUUUUUGUGGCGUUGAUUAAUUCUUUGACAGGAAACAAAAAAGUUAAAUCUAAAUAGUUAAAAAAAAAACCAUUGCGAAAUUGUGAUUUUUCAGCAUGAGUUAAAUAAUUAUAAUAUUGUGGUGUUGUAAUUGUCGAGAUGCCAUUACUUAAUUUUGAAAAUAAAGAUACUGAUAAUUGGGA